GAAAUAAUAUUAUAUAAGAUGAGACUUGUAUGUUUUGCAUCUGUGGUCAUUAUAAUGAUGAUGACUUUUGUUUCAUAGUUUUACCAGUUUGCCACAGUGGCCAUCGUUUGCUUGCGCUUGAUUUACGUUGUAACUUUUUUUUUUUAACAAUGACAAUUCUUGAAUCCUAAAGUAUGUUAGAUACAGUGUGAGAUACACACGAAAAAGUUUGUUCGUGUAAUGAGCAGUACAUGCGAAAAUUCGUGUCCGUGGAAGGACUACCUGGAAGAUACAAUCAAUAGAUUUGCUUCUUAUUUAACGGAUUUUCUUCCAUCGAAUUUCGGCCUAACCCUCGAUUCGACUAGUACUGUUAUCUUUGGCAAUGAGCCCUUUCAAAGAUUUUCUGAAUUUUUUCAAGAGUUAAUAGCCUUGUUAUCAUUUGAUGAAUUUCAACUUCAAUUACUUAAGAUUUUUCUAUUUAUACUUACUAGUACAAUUGCUCUAAUUUGUAUUGCCUGGCAUGUAUACGGUUUAAGAAUAUCAGAACAAUUUAUGAAUCCAAGUGGUCUACCUGGAUAUUAUGGGAAAUCCUCAGAAUAGUAAUUAAAUAAUAAUUACUAUUUGAAAGUAUCUUUGUUUUUUUUUUUGUUUUUCC